UGUGUCCGUCUAUUGUAGUGUCCGUGUUUUAUAUCUAUGUUAUUGAAAUUUUCAUUUUUUACUUUGUUUUAUUUUAUGAAACAUGAAGAAAUAAAGUAGACGCCAGAGUAUCAAGUAGUUUUUUUCUUUACUUUAUUCAUCCUGUUGCCCACUGCCAAUGUCCCAAACAAUUUUUAGCGCUUUUCAAAAAGCAAAUUCGCCAAGUCUCCCACUCUCCUUGCUUUCAAAAAGUCUCUUAAAUAAAUUUUACAUAAUUUUUAAACGUUUGGCGUUCAUUGAGCAGAUCCCGAUCAUCAAAGAAAACCGAAGUACUACUACAGUAUGUCAGAUCCUAAUGAAUUUCUGCGAAUUCCCCAAUUCCGAGGUCAAUUCACCCUGUUUUCAGAACAAUUAAAUCAGCCAUACCUUUCAAACGGAUCAAACACAGAUGUAGGAACCUCUUCCCCCCAACUGCAACCUUCAAUCAAUCAAAUUUUCUUAACCAACGAAGCUACUGACAAAACGGAACAAUCCGGUAGUUCCUUUAAUGGAAUCAGCGUACAACUCAUUAAAAACUGCGCGUGUUGCCAAGGUAACUCUGCAAUUGCCCAGUGCAUGGACUGCAGCGACUACCUUUGCCAACAGUGUGUGCAGAUCCAUGCAGAUUUAGAUCACACCAAAAAACAUCACAUAAGUUAUUUGGACAAAGUCAACAAUAAAGUUAUGGCAUCGGUUUCAGACGCAUCGUCGGGGGCUUGGCAUCAACAAUCUCUCAUGGAUAAACAGCAAUCUUUUGAUAACUUCAAUUCGAUCGGUCUUUUGGAGACUGUUACAAAGUUAGAGCAACUAAACUUUAACGAUCAACAAGUUUUGAGUGACACACCUUCAAAUCCUGCCAGUUCCCGAGUGGUGGGAACAGGAAGAUAUUCUUUUAGUUCGGGACAUUCACCGGGUAAUAUGUCAUCUAAUUCGACGAACACAUCUUUGGAGAACCUUAGAUGUAGUUCAGGAGGUCAAACUCCGAUCGAACGCACGUCGGAAAGUGAAUCAGCUGCAGGAUUGGCUUAUAGAAGACCAACCUUGCCUGUUACGUGUUCUUCUGACUUUUCAACUAAUAAUUUUAUGUCUUCUAAUUUAUAUUCUGCUCCUCCAACUUGUUCUUCAAUUCCCUCAACUGUUGGACUCGAUUUCGGUACUUCUUCGAUGGCUUAUCCAAAUUUUUCGAAUACUAUACUACCAAUAAUGACUGCGCCAAUUGAUUAUUUUCCUGUUUCUCUUCAGGGGGUAUCGGAGGAUGGCGCUAGCGCUUUGCCCCUCAUAGCUAGAUCAAACCUAUCAAUGUGUUUUACGUCAAGAUGGCCCCCGUGCUUGCGUCAUCACAGACCAUUUGCUUUCUUUUGUACCAGUUGUAUGUUACCUGCCUGUCCAGUGUGUAGACAACUAGACCAUUCUAGUCACAAUAUUAUUGAGAUCAGUGAAGCCGUCCAAAAUGUUAAACUGAUAUCGUUCGAAAUCGUCGGCCAAAUUAGACAGACAAUUCUCCAUUUGCGCCAAUCCUUGGACUAUUUGCAACACACCCUUGAUGAAAUUGAUACUAGAGCUCAUCAAGCUGUUGCCAAUAUCAAGCAUUCUUUUCAGAAAUGUUCGUUGACAUUGGAUAGCAGAGAAAGCAGAGAUGUUUUGAUCAGGAUCGAACAUGCGCGACAAACUAAAAUAUCCGGAAUCACAUCUCAAAUGGAUAAUAUUAAACAUUAUUACUCAAAAUUAGUUCAAGCAAGAGAUAGUAUUGCUGAUCAUUCUAAAUUUACGUCACCUUUUGAGCUAAUGAUAGCAAACUACAAGGCCUUCAAGGAGAUGAUGCAUGCGAAGAAUUUUUACAGGUGUUCAGCAACCUUGUCAUGGCCUUUUGAAGAUGACGGAUACUUACCCAAUGGUCAACUUGGUGGUGGAGUCGUAAACACGUUUGAGCCGAUUCAUAAAACGUACAAGAAUUCUAAUUUUUUUCAUUCAAAAGACUCGACCUAUGGGAAUCCCUUACAAUUAUCCAUGUUAAGAUGUAGACCAGUGUUCAACUGCCCCGAGAUGGUAACAGUCAUUCAUUUUGGGAGUAUCCCCACUAAAAUGUGGUCAAACUCCGGUAUGGGCCAAGGAGAAUUAUGCAGACCAUGGGGCAUCACUUGUAAUCGAUAUGGAGAGGUUAUAGUAGCAGACAGAAGCAAUAAUAGAAUUCAAGUUUUCGAUACUGUGGGAAAAUUUGUAUUCGAAUUUGGGACGCAAGGUGGUGCCGAGGGCCAGUUUCAUAAAUGUGCUGGAGUUGCGGUGGGUCCUCACGAUGAAAUUGUGGUGGCCGACAAAGACAACCACAGAAUUCAAGUGUUCAGCAGACAUGGAGAAUUCCUUUUUACAUUUGGAUCGGAAGGUGACCAGCUAGGCCAGUUCAAGUUCCCGUGGGACGUAGCGGUGGACUCUUUCGGCUACAUUAUAGUGUCGGACACCCGCAACCACAGAGUCCAACUGUUCAACUCCAACGGCAUCUUCGUGGCCAAGUGGGGUGGGGAAAGGGAACCUAAUGUGCCCAGACUGUUCGACUCGCCCAGGGGCGUAACCUUUGACCCCAGAGGCAACAUUAUGGUGACCGAUUUCAACUUGCACAAGGUGAUACUAAUCGAGAGGACGACGGGUAGAAUCAGAUCGAUUGGAAAGGAGGGAAAAGACAUGGGGCAGUUUUCUAGGCCGCAAGGGUUGUGUUGCGAUGAUAGGGGAUGGUUCGUAGUGGUGGAUUCAAAAAAUUACCGCUAUCAAGUCUUCAAUGAAAACGGUGAAUUCCUAUGGACAGUGGGAAAACAAGGCAAAUCCGACCCAGGCCAUUUCGACAGGCCCAGCGACGUGUGCUUGGACCAAAAAGGACACAUCUACAUAGUAGACUCAGAUAACCACAGGUUACAGAAAUUUUAACCUCGAAAUCUCACCCCGAAAGUGCCUUUUGAUCAGAUUUAUACACACAGCGAGUCUUUAAACGACUGUCACCAAGAUUUUUGACAAAAAUAAAACUUUAGUUAAGCAAAUACUUCGUUCGGUUGAACGGAAAGGCAUAUUUGAGGUUUUGGCCAGUUAUAACUGGAUAUCUAUAUAAAUAUUCAGAAAUUUUCUGUGUAUUUGUUUGUUUAAAUAUAUAGCUUAGCUAUAGUUCGAUUGAAUUUGCAAUAUUUUAUGCCAUUUUUGCUCACACAAAUAUAUCUUUUAUAUUUAAUUUUUUAUUUUGGUCUCUUUGUUUAAUGUUUUUUUUAAUAUGUUUUUAAAGACAUUUGAAAACUAUCUACAUAAAAGUAUACGUUGAAAGAAAGAAAUAUUUUAAAAAUAUAUAUAAUUAUCCAUUAUAUGACUAUUUGUUUUUGAGCUUUUUGAAAUUAUUUAAUAUAGUUUAAUUAUUUAGGAAAUGUACCAUUAGAUAUACGGGAUGAUUUUUUACAUGUACAUUUAUUUCUAUAUCCAUCCUGUAUAUAUGACAUUUCUCAUUUUUUUAACUAUUCUUUUUUGGAAAAUAAUCCUUCCUGAAGACUGCAAGUCUGUUGAUUUUUGUAUAGUUCCUAUAAACUUUUUUAUAAUAAUAUAUUAAUUUUCUUUAGUAAUGUAUAAGUUUUAUGUUCUAUUAUGGAUAUAACGCUGAAAGACUGAAAUUUGAUGCUCUCUAUAUACAAAUACAUAUUCAUAUACAAUCCAAAUACGAGUAGCUAAUCCGAAAAGACUGACUGAUUUUCUAAAAAGCAAUUAGUACAAACACGGUAUUAUUUGCCAGAGUACAAAUUAUAGUACAAAUAUAGUAGUUAAAUAAAUCUUUAAUAGAUCCAUAAAGAACACAGAUCAUGGAUUUAAUAGAUACGUAGACUUAGAAAAAGUAGAAUUUAUACCAAUUGUGAGGGAUAUAUGUGCUUAGUUUAAUAAUUUUACUAAUAUGUAUUGAGUCUAAGCAUUAGGUGCUCCCUGAUCAAUAUGGUUUCUGUUUUUCGUUUGAUUUUUAUAUUAGAUCAGAGUUAAGAAAACCAACCUCUCAAAAACUCGAAUCGCGCUCCACAAAUAUGAAACUUUUUAUUGCACCAUCUAGACGCCAGGAUGUAAAACUAUUUUUUUCUUAUAUAGUUGGUUGUCUUAAUUUAUAACGCUUCUUUGUUUUUUGUUUUAAUUUUUUUAAUAAAUGAUAAUAUAGACACUGCAUUAAUAAGACUGUUGAAGCUUAGAAAAGCCAGAAUUAUUAAAAAAGGAAGAAGUAUUAUCAUUUUGAUUUAUCUUGUGUUGUGAUAGGUAGAUUAAGGAAUUUUCAAAAUUAGUUUCUUUAAAAACGAAACACUGUGAUCGUGUGCAAAAUUUAAAUUUGGCAAUUUUAGUUAAUAAAUGUUUGUAAGAAAUAGCUUAUACAGGGUUUUUCAUACCAUCCAUUAUGGUUUUUUCAAGAUCUAUUUUAGAUACAAAAUUGAAUUCUUUAUGUCAAGAAAAUUUCCGGAUGUACCUAUUUUCUCUUUAAAAUAUUUUCUUUUUUUUUUGCCCUUCCGGUUUAACCGAAAAUGGCCUUAUUUGGAUAUUUAAAUAGUAGUUCCUCUAAAUUCUGCGCUUUUUGUCAUCAACAUGAAUAAACACAUUUUGUGUAUUGAAUCUCUAAACACGUUCCUGGUAUUUCCGGUUUAACCGAAAAUACCAGGAAGUGAAAAUAUUUUUAAAAAAAAGGUGCAUCUGAAAAUAUUCUUUACGCAAAAUAUGCAAUUUUUAUCUAAAUCAAAGAUUCUAAAAAAGUUUUAAUAAAGGAAAAUAGAUUUAGAACCUCUGUAUACUUAAACGUAACAAGAUUCAAAAAGAAUAAAAAUGGUUGGUGAUAUUACUUUAAGAGUCGAUUAACGAAUCAGAAAAGUAUGUUUUUCUGAAUGUCCUGAAAUUAAAAAGCAUUUUUUAUGGGAAAUAAUAGCGAUUUUAUAAUUACUCAUUCAUUCCUAACAUUUCUUUUUUUAAAAAGUUUAUUGUACCAUAGUUUUAACGUUCUUGUAGGUGUUAUAAGUAAAUGUUUUUUUUGAGAGAAUUUCAAUAAUACUCAUGGAAACACUCUUAGAUAAUAAGAAUAAAUACUUUAUAGGAAAUAUUUGAUAUAAUCUUUUUUUAUUAUGGUAAUGUGGAAUACGGACGUAUUAUCAUCACUGUAUUCUGCGAUGGUAAUACGUUUGGAAAAUUAUUUGUUAUGGCACUACAUAAUCGUUUCUGUAUACUUCCAGAUUCUGAAGUGUAAUAUUUCUAUUUUAGACGAGGAAUGGCAUGUUUCUUAAGUUAAAUAGGUGUGUAAUCAUCUAGAGUGCCAUAUUAAUGUUUCUAAAUAAAAAAAAUAUACUUAAAUAAAGGUACACUUCCAA